AUGUUCUCCCGCAGCACCACCAUCUUCCGCAGAAGUUGCCGCUAUCUUCUCCGCGCCCCCAUCCACAACCCCCAGGUUAAGAAAUCGCCCUUUUCGCUUUCUGCGCGCUCUUUUGCGGCCGUCGACGCAGCCAUGGCAGAUUCGAGUACCGGUGUUACGGCGGAGUUGGUACGCAACAAGUUGAUUGAGAAGCUGCAGGCUCAGCAUGUUGAGAUUGAAGAUUUGUCUGGCGGAUGCGGUCAAGCGUUCAUGGCGAUUAUCGUUUCCCCCCAGUUCGAAAGCAAGAACAUGCUCGCUCGGCAUCGGUUGGUGAACGCCGCGCUUAAGGAAGAGAUUGCGGCUAUUCAUGCCUGGACACCAAAGUGCUACACACCGGAGCAGUGGCAGUCGAUGAUGCAGCAGUGA